AAGCCAGUGGACGGUUAGGAGCUUUUCGUGCCUCAUACUUCGCCCUGUGGGACUAUUUAUUCACAUAAACGGUCUUUAUUGUCGUCUACCUCAUCCUUUUAAAAGAAACCUAAGCGGCCAGAAGGACUGCGCCAGCAAACAGAAUAGAAAACGACCAAAGAGCUUUAUCCAGAACAGUUUACAUAUAUAUCUCUGCAGUGAGAUAAUUUGGCACUUUAUCGCUGCUCGUGCCACCUAGCUACAGCUGAGAAAAUUCUGUGAGUCUGACGCACUGCUACCAAAGGACUGUGCCUUGUCUGGGAAUGUUCCAAAGGCUCAACAAUAUGUUUGCUAGAGAAUGUAGCAAUGUCCCAAGCCAAGAAACCAAACUCAGCGAAAAAGAAGAUGACGAAUGGAUUGUCGUUGACUUUAUAGCUCAAGUGGAUCCUGGUUCAAGGUUCUCUGAAGAAGCAGCAACGUUUGAAGUCAUAUCCCAUUCUGAUGAAAAACCUGUUACCACACAGGUGCCAAAUGCUUUUGAACAUUUAGCAACCACAAGUGACUCAUGCUUCAUUCAUUUCAACUUAUGCCCCAUGGAGGAAAGCUGGUUUGUGACACCACCCCCUUGUUUUACUGCAGGAGAACUGACCAGUGUAGCGGUAAAAACCAGCCCUUUGGAAAAUCUUCUCAUUGAGCACCCAAGCAUGUCUGUGUAUGCAGUUAAUAACUUGUGCCACAAAUCAGAGACUAAAAGUGAAUCUGGUUUUCCCAGCCAUGAUAGAAUUGAGUCGGAUACAGAGGAUAAAAAAAAGGGUAAACACCUACACUGCUCUAUAGCAUCUCUUGCUGCUCGCAUGAAAGGACUGGAGAACACCAAAACAUUUGUAGGUGAUAAGUUGACUAAACGUCAUUUGGAAAAACAUGUGAACCGAAAGGGUCUUCGACGCCAGAAUCUCAUUCGAGGAUGCCGUUCCCAACAAAUCAAGCACAGCAGACUCCUCGUCCAUCAGCCUUCACUGCGGCAGUACAAUUACUAAAGGAAUAUUUCUGCUUUGUUCCCUGGGUUGAGUAGCAGAAGGGCUUGCUACACACAGUACUGCAUACAAGUCACUCUGGUACUAGGACUGUGCAGGUCUCGGUUCUGUACCUUUGUAAGUUCAGCACAAAGUUAAUACAUUCUUGUUAACCCACACUUUUAUGGAGAUUUUGUAUUUUUAAACACACCGCAAAAGACUUAUUUUUAGCAUUUAUGCAACGCUAGCAUUGGGCUAGUCUGCAUUCAGAAGAAACACUGAAACUGAUGCAGUUGCUGAAGAGACUGUCAAAACCAAAGCUAGUGUGUGUUGGUACAGAAAGUAUAUAAUCUGUAGCAUACUAGCAUUAUUAUAAUGGUUAUUAAGCCACUUAACUUCUUAAUCUUUGUUUAUAGUUCUCCGAAGCUCAGGUCCCUUUGCUAAUCAUUUCUAAAAUGAGAUUUCCCACCAGAGAACACUUCUUUGGUGACUACAGUGAUUACGGUUAAUGCAUACAUUUUCAGAAAUAGGGCUAGGGGGCUUGUUAAAUGUGUCUUAGACUAGAUGUCUUGUCCACCACCAUGUAUAAGUGAAUUGUACAAUGUAUGAUCAUUACUGAGAGGGAGAAUUUUAAACGGAAUCAAAACAUGAAAAAGUUUGUAUUGUAGAUAUGAAAAACAUUCAUGCAAGUUGUAAAUUUGAUUUUUGUACAUCAAAA